AUGAUCGCUCAGCUGGCACGAACAACUAAUGGGUUUGAAUCGCAUCAGAGGUCUAUGCGAAGAUUGCUAGAGGAGGAGGACAAGCGGGAGACAGCCUUGUCUCGCUCAACCCAUCAGCUCAAGAACGCAGAUCAGAUCUCUCAGGACGAUCUUCACUUCGAUCCAAGGAACUCUUCAGUCUACGAUCCGCUGCGGAGCAAGACUUUCAGGUCGGAGGCAGCCAGUCACCUGCUGUCUGCCGUGCGAUUGAACUUUGUCCUCGUUCUCAGUCUGGUUCCGAAAGCUGUCUUUCUCCUGAGCUAUGCGGACGAGACGCAUCUCAAGGGGUUUCAGAGCAAGGAUGUCGUCAAGCUGGGAGAUUACUUCGUCGAGACUAAGUUCGGAUCCGUCACGGAGUGCAACAGUCCUGAUUUCAAUGGGCUUGAUGGAAUUGUGGGUUUUGGUAUGCCUGUACAGCACCAAUCUGCUCCUCCUCCUCCCAGCGGGGUCAGUGACAUGAUGCCGAGGAGCGGAGAUGGCAUAUCGGCAUCUUUGCCCGUUCCUCUCCUGUUUGCUCUCACGGACCCGACGGUCAAGGACAACGCAAGGAACCACGUGCUGGAAAGAAGAGCCUUCUCCUUCCUCUCCACAGAUUCACUGGCCGAGCUGCAGCUAGGAGGCUACGAUCCUGACGCGAUCGACGGCAGGAUGUUCCUCACCCCCUCCAUCACCAUCAACGACUACGUCGUCGUCUCUCUCUCCAUCAAGUUUGGCUCCUCCGAACUCCUCGAGUUCACUCCUAAGAAUCCUCGGCUGCGGUACCUCCCUGCCAUCCUCGACAGCGGGACAAGCUGUCUUGUGAUCCCUGACUCGACGAUGAACGGGCUGGUGACGGAGUCGCCAUAUCAACGAUGGAAGAAUCUUGUGAAGGAUCCGAAGAACCCUCGCUUGAGAGAAACGUUCCACAUUAACAUCGCGGGUGCUGUGUUCGACCUGGAGUUCGAUGACUGGUGGCUGGGAGAAUCGAAUCAAUCCUGCGUGCAGAGGGCACCUGAGAACUUCGGAGGAAUAUUGAUUGGGGAUGUAUUCUUUAGACGAUAUCUCGUUCUCUUCGAUCUUAGACAUUAUCCGGAAUCUGUUGUGAUCGGUAUGGGCAAGCGAAGUUCGCAGUACAAGUUUGCGAAAUCCCAUCCAACUAUAUCAAAGAUUCCUGCAUACAAGAGAAAACCUGUGAAUAUUAGCAGUGAGACGGUGAGCUAUCUCUAA